GCUCGCUCGCAUCCUUGUCUGGAAAAAUCGAUCGAUAGCCCGUCAUCGAUUUCUCCUUAUCCCAUGGCAAUCAUGGUUUUUGCAGCGGCAAAAUUUUGUGAACUGGUACAGCAGUGUGGGAUCGGGCCAUGUUGAUGCCUCCCCCGCGCGUUGUCUGAUGUGGUCGUCCCUGGCUGCUUUCUUGGGCUGUGAGACAUUAUGGAAAGGGGAGCCUUAGGCCCAAAUAAUUCUGUACAUCAACGGAAAAACAUGAAGGCUGGAGAUCCUGCCAAGUCUGAAAGGAGGGAGAUGCUCAUAUGUCUUUCUGAUCUGCGCAAGGAGACAGAAUGUCCGAUCUGCUUAGGAAUCAUACGGAAGACGAGGACGGUGAUGGAAUGUCUGCACCGGUUUUGCCGAGAGUGUAUUGACAAGGCUAUGCGAAUUGGGAAUAAUGAAUGCCCCGCUUGCCGAGUUCAUUGUGCAAGCCGGCGGUCCUUGCGAGCCGACCCAAAUUUCGAUUCACUCAUUGCUGCAUUAUACCCAGAUGUUGACAAAUAUGAGGAGGAGGAGCUGGCCUUCAGGGAUGAGGAUACAGAGCGCAACCGCCGUCUGAUGCAGAUGCCCAGGGCCGCUGAAAGGAGGCCCAGGAUCUGCUGCAGCGGCACGAAGCCACCAGCAUCGAUAAGCUCAAGUUCUUGGCAUUUCAAACCAUCCGAGGGCAAUGACGACGCAACACCGGAAGAGCAGCAUAAGGUGUUCCUCUCCAAACUCGUGACCCGGGCGGUUUACACUUGCAACCACCUACAGUCCGAGUUAGAGAAACAACACCAGGAAUUGGCGAAACAGCACCAGGAACUGGAGAACCUCCAACGGGCAGUGCGGAACCACAAGGAUCUGCACGAGGGUGCUACACGGGCACUUGAUUCCUGUGUACAGGAAUUGGAGCAAGCAGCACCAAGACCAGACGCUGGCGAACCCAGCAGUGCAGCCUCAACCCGCCAAUUGGAGGAACGAGUUGACCAUGUGGUCGCAAUGCUCGGGGACAUCAGCACCUUUGCCGCACCAGCCACCAUCAGCGAGCAGCUGGACACCUUGAAGACCGAGGUUCAGCAACUGCACCAGCUGCCCGACAAGGAUGGCAACACCAGUGUGCAGAAGUACAAAAUGUCGAUAUUCCGCAUCGAAAAGUUUGAUGACUAUACGCAUCAAGACCCGGUCCCCUGGUGGGAGGGCUUUACGACGGAACUUCGGAUUCAUUUUGUCCCCGAGCACUCGUACAUCGGCGCGUUGUUCCUCAACUCAAAGGGUGGAUGCGAGGUCUGGCUCAGCCACCUGGCAACCAUCCACAACGUCCAGGUCGCCGAUCUACACAAGAAGAUCUCUUGGGAAGAUCUAACGAGACAAUGGAAGAAGCGGUUCAUCGUUGACAACGCCCCGACGCUCGCCAUCAACUGCCUCUUCAGCAUGACUCAAGGCAAAACACCAACACGUGAGUGGCUCACGAAGUGGCAAAAGAUCGUGGCAACACCCGAUCUUGACUUGCCAUUCUUGCAUGUACGUCAGGAGUUCUACAACCGGUCGUGUGCCGCCUUGAUCCUCGCACUCGUACCAGCUCCGUUGAUGGACGCCGGAGUAGAAGUUGUUGACCUUCACGGCUACGUUGCGAAAAUCGAUCGCGAGUUCAAAACACAACGGUACGACGACAUCGACACGCCAUUGUUGUACAUACGCAUUCAGAUCGAAGAAGCGACCUGCAGCGCUUUGAUCGAUUGCGGAGCUACUCGCAACUAUAUCAGCCAAGAUUUUAUGAUACAGGAGCGAAUUGCGGAUACACAGCGGCGACAAACGGAAGCGCUCGUGAAGAGGCGGAGUACGAUACCUGCCUCUGGGGGGUCCUUUGCAGGUGUGCGAGGUGGAGAUGGCACGUUCAAGAGCUUGAGGAGCAGAGGUAGGACGAGGUCGAAGACGCUUGGAGUGAAGCGCCGCAGCGAGGCGAGUGUGGAUGGCGAAAGAGAGGGCCAGCUUCGCGAGAUCGGAAGAAGAACGAUACGGCGGCCAAGGAUUUAUGAGGAAGCGUAUCUCUCGGACUCGUUAGGAGGGUCGGGAGGGUUCACUGAGGAGGAAGAAGAAGGGGAUGCAUCAUUUGGCGAGGGCGGGGCAGAUGAAGCCGAUCCAGACUUUGAGAACAACAUUGGAAAGAGGAGAGGGGCAUCAGCUGCAGCGGUGGUGGCAUCAGCGGCCGCCGCAGCGGCGGCGGCUUCAGCAGCAACAGCAGCAGCACCGGCGGCGAUGUCGGGUGAAGGAACGGGGACAGGAGCAGCAGGAAUGGGAGGUGGAGCAUCUGGGGGGAAUGCUGUCAUGUUGAGGCCUCCAAGCACAGAUGUAGGCACCAUGUUAGGAAACUCGGCGAACUCAGGGGGCGGCGGGGCUUCCCCAGGGGUAAAUAACCCACAACCAACUACAAGUGGAGGGAAUGGACACAGUGGGGGACUUGUCACUUGGGCAAGGAACGGAGUAAGGAGCCAUAACCGGUAUGGCGGAAAUGGAAACGGCGGGGGGAAUAAGCUCGUGAAGUCUUUUAGAGCAGCCGGACUGCUGGAUGCUCUGAUUGCAAGAAGAGACGAGGAGAAGGCGUACGAGAUCCAUUUUUGUAUGUGCCCUCUUCCCAGCUUUGUGGACACAAAGGAGGAGCCGUUAGCGCCCUUGGAAAGAAUGUACCUGUGCUGUGCUCCAGAAAUUGCAGUGUUUCAUCUGCGAAAGAUGUGAGCAGGAAUUGAACUGGCGAUCUGUAUAUCAUCAACAGGCAUAUAUCUGUACUGCACGA